AUGUUCAAGUCAACACCUCCAUUGGAGAUUAAUAAGACACAUGUCGAGACCUCUGAAUCGAUUCGAAAGCCCGUUCAGACAAUCCGUGGCAAAGAUAAAGCGGCUGAACUCCUUGCUUUUAACGAGCGAGUGAUUGUUACCCCCGCUGAGAACAAAAAGGUCUUGCGCAAAAUCGAUCUUGUAAUCCUCCCCAUUCUGUUGUCGGUAUACUUUCUCCAGAGCUUGGACAAGACUACACUUUCUUACGCAUCCGUCUUCGGCCUCAUCGAGGAUACAAAUCUCGACCCAAACUCGCAGCAAUACUCAUGGCUGGGAAGUAUUGUCUACAUUGCGCAACUUGUCAUGCAGCCCAUUGUGGCUGUUUUGCUAGUCAAGUUACCAAUGGGGAAAUUCAUGGGUGUAAUGGUCUUUACCUGGGGCUGUAUACUGUGUGGAAUGGCUGGCGCGAAAGACUUUGCCGGAUUGAUGGCAACUAGAUUUCUUCUAGGUGCCUUUGAGGCAGCAGUUGCACCGGCCUUCAUCGCAGUCGUCCAAAUGUGGUACAAGCGCGGCGAGCAGACCAAUCGCAACGCAGCAUGGUACGCCAUGCUCGGAAUCGUCAACAUUCUCGGUAGUCUCUUGACAUAUGGUCUCGGACACAUAUCAUCUGAUCGGCUCUAUUCAUAUCAGAUCAUAUUCCUCUUCUGCGGCCUUUUGACAGCCGUUGUAUCAGGCUUUGUUUGGGUAUUCAUGCCAGACUCGCCCAUGGAAGCAAAGUUUCUUAACGACCAUGAGAAGUUGAUUGCUGUAGAGCGCCUGAGGAUGAACCAGAUGGGGGUUGCAUCACGGAUAUGGAAGUGGGAUCAUGUUCUGGAAGCCUUCAUUGAUCCCAAAACCUGGUUAUGGUUUUGCAUGUUGACUGCGGUCAGCAUCCCCAGCGGCGGCAUCACAACAUUUGGACCUUUGAUCAUCGAAGGUUUUGGUUUCGGCAAGUUUACGACCAUUCUAUUCAACAUGCCCUUCGGUGCGGUACAGAUCAUCGCAACCAUUGGUGGUGCCUGGCUAGCCACCUGGCUCAAAAGGAAGUCACCCGUCCUGAUUCUUCUUUGCAUUCCCCCAAUCAUCGGUAUCAUCAUACUCUUGGUUGUAGGCCGAGGCAAAGAAAAUCGUGGCAUUUUACUCUUUGGCUAUUACAUGACGUCGUUUUAUCCAGGCAUAUCGCCUCUAAUCUACUCAUGGUCUGGCCAAAACACUGGAGGCGACACGAAGCGAAAGGUAACGACUAGCAUCCUAUUUGUCGGUGCAAGCGCAGGCAACAUAGUAGGCCCUCAUCUUUUCAAGCCUUCAGAGAGGCCAUACUACCAUCGCGGCUUGCGGGCAAAUCUUGCACUCUUCGUCGCGAUUAUGGUGUUUGUAAUCCUGGCUGUGUUUUGGAUCAAAUUUUUGAAUAGCAAACACGCCGCCACUCGUGAAAGCAUGGGGAAAGCAGCUAUUGUGGUGGACACCAGCAUGAGCGAUACCAAAGACGUAGGCGCUGAAGGUGCAGAAAGCGCACAAGCAAGCGGUGUCGGUGACAAGGCGUUUGAUGAUGUCACAGAUGUCAAAAACGAGGACUUUAUAUACGUGUACUAA